AUGGAGAUCCCAGCAGUUCAGACUGAGCGAGAAGACAUCACCUCUGAAAAAAUGGCCCAGACCAACCCACUUCCUGUUCCUCUGGGACCCUGGAAGAUUACAGUGUAUGACCAAGAGAACUUCCAAGGAAAGAGAAUGGAAUUCACCUCCUCCUGUGCAAACAUCAUGGAGUGCGGCUUUGAUAACAUUAGGUCUCUGAAAGUGGAAUGUGGAGCAUGGAUUGGAUAUGAACACACAAGCUUUUGCGGUCAGCAGUUUGUCCUGGAAAGAGGAGAGUACCCCCGUUGGGAUGCUUGGAGUGGCAGCAAUGCCUAUCACAUUGAGCGCCUGAUGUCUUUCCGCCCAAUCUGUUCUGCUAACCAUAAAGAAUCCAAGCUGGUCAUCUUUGAAAAAGAGAAUUUCAUUGGGCGCCAGUGGGAGAUGUGUGAUGACUACCCUUCUCUACAGGCUAUGGGCUGGGGGAACAAUGAAGUCGGAUCCAUGAAAGUUCAAUGUGGAGCCUGGGUGUGUUACCAGUAUCCCGGUUACCGUGGCUACCAGUACAUCCUGGAAUGUGACCAUCAUGGAGGUGAAUAUAAGCACUGGAGAGAGUGGGGAUCCCACGCCCAGACUUUCCAAAUCCAGUCUAUCCGACGCAUCCAGCAGUAA